CAUUUUCGCCGCUCUAUAUAAUAUUUCUCUGACUUCAAUGGCUGGUUCCUCAGUGUAGUCUAAAGCUCUGUCCUCUCUUCACAAUCGAACAAUUAACCUUUCAAUAAUUCAAGAUGUUUAGUAAGAGCACAGAGGUUUCACAAAAUUCUAUUCAGAUAAAAGAAGAUAACAAGUUCUUCUCCAGGCUUCUGUCCAAAGAAACCUCCAUGGCCAACCCUUCUUUUAGAGUCUACUAUGGAGGAGUUUCUGGUGCAGUUCCUUUCUUGUGGGAGUCUCAACCGGGCACACCCAAAUGUAAAAUGUUCAGUGAAACAACUCUCCCUCCUCUCACACCUCCUCCUUCUUAUUAUUCUAACUCAAAUAUAGAUAAAAAACCUGUCAAGAAACACCACUCGAGAUCCCUUAGUCUCUUGCAUAUCUUGUUCCCCAAGAUGAAUCGCAAGAAAACCAAAAAUGUAUCAUCAUCCUCUUCAUCUUCAUCUUUAUCAUCAUCCUCUUCUUGGUCAUCUUCUUCCACUUUGUCAAUAGUGGUUUCCAUAACUAGUCCUCUAAAAAAAUAUCGCCAUGCAAGGAGCCGGUUUUCGAGCAGACGGUCAUCUUUUGAUUCAGGAAUAGAAGAUGAAGAACCAGCUUUUGGAUCACCAACUUCAACUCUACGCCUUAAGCUUCGAGGAUGCUAUGGAUGGUGAGGUGACUAUAAAGAAAAAGGUCUUUAAUUAUUAUUAGUACCUCUCCAGUUUGGCCGUGAACUGGGAAAUUAUUUCUCAGCUUUCAGAUCUCUCUAAGUCUUAAUUUGCUUUUUUUUUUCUUUUUUUUUUUUGCAAUUAAAUUACAGAGGGUCUAAUUUUGUUCUUUGUUUCUCUUCUCUGGUUAGUGACUUGAACUAGCUGCAGAAAUAUUGAAAUUUGUCUGGUGUGUGUAUGAUGUUCGUCCACAGAAAACAACUAGAGUCUGCUUUAAGUUUGUGUAAUUUAGUCAUCAAUAUUACUUUCUCUUUUUUUUUUUUUU